AUGUCUCGUUUGGGUCUCGAAAUCUACGCCAAAUGGCGAACCGGCUGGGUCUACGGGACAAGAUCAAUUGGCUGGUUGCCAUUGCUGUCGCUGCUUGUCAGCGUGAUUGGAGCGCUCUGGCUGGCAGUUCUGCCUCUAGACGGCCAAUAUCGAUACACCUAUGUGAGUGAAAAUGCGCUGCUUCCGGGCCAGGCACACACGCAUUUUCGCGAGAGUGAGUGGAACCACGUCCGGGCCUACAAGCAGGAGAUUCAGGCGAUUGUCAAUUCGGAGGCUGGCGGUCAUAUCAAUGAGCAGGAGCGAAUUUCGCAUGUACGAGGGUACCUGGCCGACAUCGGGCUCAAGACGUCGCUGCACGAGUGGUCCGUCGACCAUUUCUCCGAGUCGUACAACGGCACCAACGUCUACGGCGUCAUGCAUGCUCCUCGAGGAGACAAUGCCGAGGCCAUGGUUCUGGUGGCCCCCUGGAUCAACCAGGAUGGAGAGCACAAUGUUGGUGGUAUCAGCGUCUUGAUUGCGCUGGCCAGGUAUCUCAAGCGAUGGAGCGUGUGGAGCAAAAACAUUGUGUUUGUGAUCCCCAGCGACUCCGGUUUUGCUCUACGUUCCUGGGUCACUGCUUACCAUACCAGCCUGGCGCUUACGGCCGGAGCCAUCGAAGGCGCCAUUGUCCUGGACUACCCCGAGGCGUCCAGUGAGCACUUUGAUUUUAUGGAGGUCUUCUAUGAGGGUCUCAACGGCCAGCUGCCCAAUCUGGAUCUCAUCAACACUGCUGUUAUUGCUGCCAGCACUGAGAAUCUGGCUACUGUGAUCCAAGGAGUGACGGAGGACGAUGAGAGCUUUGUCAAAAAGUACAUGCCUGAAUCCCUCAAGGAGUUUUUUGGCAACCAGCAGAUGGAUGUGCUCAACAGAUACGCCAACCGACUCAAGAUCAUGCUGUCUGGAAUGACCCGUCAGCUGACAACCGGAAUCAGCAACAGUCCUGGAUCGGAGGCAUUUUCCGGCUGGAGAAUCGACGCCAUCACUCUGCGAGCUCGAGGAACUACCGGUCCCUUUGAUAUCACUACCUUUGGCCGAAUGGCAGAAAGCACUCUGAGAUCCAUCAACAACCUGCUGGAACACUUCCACCAGUCGUUUUUCUUCUACCUGCUGCUCUCGCCCACCAAGUUUGUAUCUAUCGGCACCUACCUUCCAGGAGCAGUGCUUGUGUGCGCUUCUUUCCCCCUCACUGCCAUCUACCUGUACGCCACCAAGCCCAAUCGAUCGACUUCGCUAGUGAAAUCUUUCUUCAUCAUCAUUGCUGUCUUUGGAGCCUGCACCACGAUUGGAGGGGUUUUGACUGUCGUUCCUACCUCUGCAGUCGGCCCUGUACUGACCUCUCUCUUCGUCAUCAGUGCCUGUCUGCCUAUUUUGUCGGUGGUGGCUCCCUCACCUCCUCCUCACCCUGCCAGCGCGCCCGCCGAGCCCAACGUUACCCUGGCCAUCUCCUUGUUGCUCCACGGCCUCGUUACCACUGCUCUGGCAACCAUCAACUUUUCGUUGGCCAUGGUUCUGGGUCUGCUGACCGUGGCAUUCAACUUCAUCCGUCCUGGGUCUGCUCACACCAAGAGCAACCUACUGAUUCUCAUCAUCACAUGCCCUUGGACUUGGCUGGUUGCCGUUGGCGCCGUUUUGCACACCUCGCCCUUCGAUAUCCUGCAGAUGCUCCUGUGGUCGCUUAGAGGUAACCAGGUGUGGACCUGGCAGGUGCUGUUCGGUCUGUGGCUGCCCCAGUGGGUGCUUGCGGUUAUUGUCUCGCGCUCUUCUACCCCCGCCCCUGCCCAGUCUACUGUUGGCUAUUUCAGAAAGCAGUAA